AUGUCCAUAAACUGGAACUUGGGUCUGUUGGAAACAACCAAUAUUAUGGUUGAUUCUCAUGUGACAUGUGGCUUUGGUGACAUAUGCAUGCCCACCGAGUCAGACUUCAGAACCGGGACGGUGGUGGUGCCGACGGACACGGCUCGACUCCCCUGGAUCCACACCGGCCCAUCCUAUUCCCACCGGCUUUCCCCUCUCCGAUGCUUCGGACCCGCCCUGAUCAUUGUUCAUUCAAUCUCACCAAAACCAUGUCACACUUCGACCUACCGGGCACAGAUGGCUUCAAGCACGAGACGAAGAGAUGAUAAUCAUCAUGCCCGAAAAAUAUUCAAUCCCUACAAUGAAUCAUCAAGAAGACGAUGA